AUGAGAUUUCAUGUCAUUGGGGCCAUCCUCUUCACUGCUCAGUUGGCGUUAAUUCAUCCAACAGCAGUUGUGAAGACUAGAAUGCAAGUUGCUAGUUCUGGACUCUCUCACAUGAGUGGAUUAUCUGUUUUUAGACAAAUUCUCAAACAUGAUGGUAUCCCAGGCAUUUUCAGAGGCUUGGGCACUUCUACCAUCGGAUCAUUGCCUGGCAGGGUCUUGGCUUUGACAUCACUUGAAGUAUCAAAAGAUAUGAUGCUGAAAUGCACAGAAGGUCUGGAUAUGCCUGAAGCAACUCGGGUUGGCAUUGCAAAUGGAGUGGCAGGCAUGUUGUCGAACUUAAUUUCCUGUGUGUACUAUGUCCCAUUGGAGGUGAUUUGCCAGAGACUAAUGGUACAAGGGCUUCCGGGGAUUACAUUUUGCAAUGGUCCAUUUGACAUUGUGUGCAAGGUGGUGAAGGCUGAAGGAAUCCGUGGAAUGUAUAGAGGCUUUGGAUUGACGGCUGUGACCCAAUCCCCUGCAUCUGCACUUUGGUGGGGUGCCUAUGGUGCUGCCCAACACAUCAUAUGGAGGAGCUUGAGCUGUGCAGAGAAUUUGGAAAAGAAACCAUCUCAUUUAGAUAUGGUUGCAGUUCAGGCUACGGCAGGAAUGGUGGCUGGUGCCUGUUCAUCAGUUGUUACUACUCCCAUAGACACUGUAAAGACACGACUUCAGGUUAUUGAUGAUUAUGGUGCUGGAAGGCCAUCAGUAAUCAGGACAGCGAAGACACUUCUUAAAGAAGAUGGAUGGAGAGGCUUCUAUAGAGGGUUCGGACCCCGGUUCUUGAACAUGUCUCUCUAUGGAACUACCAUGAUUGUUACUUAUGAAUUGAUAAAGAGGUUGUCUAUAAAGAAAGCAUGA